GGCUAUACAGAAUCUCUGAAGGCCACCUACUGCGCAACCUAUACCUGCCGAUGCAAAUGGCUGAGGCAGUGAUUCUUUCAGUUGUGAUAAAGAUUGGGGUUGCUCUAGGCAAUGAAACACUAAAGCAGGCUAGCUUGCGAUUCCAGAAUUUCAAUACACAACUAACAGAUCUUCAAGGCAGGAUGGGUCGCAUCAGAGUUGAACUAAGGCUAAUGCAUGGAUUUCUUGGCCAAGUGGACAUACAGAAUCUUAAGAAUCGAAACUAUGGAAUAUGGGUUGAGGAGUUGAGAAUGCUUGCUCACAGGAUUGAGGACAUUGUGGACGAGUAUUUGUAUCUCGUUGGUCAUAAACAUGAUAUUGGAUGGGGUGCCUAUCUUAGGAAAGGAUGCAAGAAAACAAAUUUAUCGAUUUCUCUGAACAGGAUAGCUUCAAUGGUUAAGGAAGAAGAGGUGAAUCUUGUGCACCUGUUCCAGGCUAGAAGCCGUUGGGUUUCACUUGUAGAUGGUGGUAAUUCUUGUAACUCAAGUGGCAUUAUUGAGAGGUCCCAACAUCUUGCAAGCAUUUCUCGCUCCCUCGGUGAAGAAGAACUUGUCGGGGUUGAUGAAAACCGAGGACAACUUGAGCAGUGGUUGCUGCCUAUGGAUUUGUUACACUAUGUAGUGAUAGUGCUGUAUGGAAUGGGAGGGCUUGGUAAAACAGUUCUGGCUGCAAAUGUCUACAGGAAGGAGAGAGAAAAAUUUGAUUGUCAUGCCUGGGUCUCCAUCUCUCAAACUUAUUCCACAAAAGAUGUUCUUAAAUGUCUGAUUACUGAACUUUACAGAGACAGACAAGACAUACCAGAUAACAUCAACAACAUGGGCAUUAAUGACCUUCAACAUGCAGUGAGCGCCUUCCUAAAUGACAAGAAGUAUUUGAUCAUAUUGGAUGAUGUUUGGAGUCCAGAAGCAUUUGGCGACUUGUUUGGGGCGCUUGUUCAUAAUAACAUGCAGAGUAGACUGGUAAUAACAACAAGGCAAGGCAAAGUUUGUGCACUUGCCUCUCCAGAACGUAUCUUAGCACUGACGGCAUUACCAGAAGAUAAGGCAUUGGAUCUCUUUUGUAAGAAAGCUUUUCCAAGACACACAAAUCAUAAAUGUCCCGCAGAGUUCAAUCCUUUGUCUGAGGAAAUAGUUAAGAAAUGCAGAGGUUUGCCUCUUGCUCUUGUAUCUGUUGGUAGCCUGUUGCGUGUGCGUGAGAAAUCUGUGGAAGAAUGGAGAAAAAUAAAUGAUCAAUUGAGUUGGGAGCUAAUUAAUAACCCAAGGCUCCAUGAUAUAAGGAAUAUUUUGCAUCUGAGCUACAUCUACCUUCCAGCACACUUGAAAAGUUGUUUCUUGUAUUGCAGUUUAUUUCCAGAAGACUAUAUUUUCCAAAGAAAACAACUUGCACGGUUAUGGAUAGCAGAGGGAUUCAUCGAGGGGAGAGGUGCAAGCACAUUAGAAGAAGUGGCAGAAGAAUAUAUGAAGGAGUUAGUCCACAGAAACAUGCUACAGCUUGUUGAAAGGAAUUCAUUUGGCAGGAUCAAGAAAUUCAGAAUGCAUGAUAUUAUACGUGAAUUGGCAGUUGAUUUGUGUCAAAAUGUGUAUUUUGGUGUUGCAUAUGACGAAGACAAAUGUGGCGGCUAUCUUGAGAAGGUUGGGCGUCGAUUGGUAGUACACAAACUAAAGAAGGAUAUUGAACAGGCAAUUUCAAGAAUACACCACCUUCGAUCCAUCGCUGUAAUGGACAAUAGUAUGCCCUCGUUAACUCUACUAUCUGUGCUAUCUAAGAUGUCAAGGUACAUGACAGUGCUAGAAUUAAGUGGUCUGCCUAUUGAGAAGAUUCCAGAUGCUAUCGGGGAUCUUUUCAAUCUCUGUCAUUUGGGUUUGCGUAAUUCAAAAGUGAAGAUGCUGCCAGAGUCUAUUGAUAAGCUUUCAAAUUUGAUGACGCUGGACCUUCAUAAUUCUGACAUACAAAAGUUGCCUGGUGGGAUUGUGAAACUGAAGAAGCUCAGGCACUUAUUUGCUCAGAAAUUCAAUGAUCCAUCUGGUAGAGUUUUCCAGUGGUCAAGUGGUGUAAGCAUCCUCAAGGGUCUUGGUGAACUAGCAAACUUGCAGACACUACAAGCGUUGGUACUAGAGGAUGAGUCUGUCAAACAACUGGGGGAGCUGACACAGCUGAGAAGCCUGAGGUUAGUUAAUGUGAAGGAAAUCUACUGUGGGCGUGUCUGUGGGGCUCUAGCUCAGAUGCAAUUUUUGUCCACACUACAUGUGAAUGUAAGUGAUGAGAAUGAGCGUCUCAUGUUGAAUGCCCUCCCGGCAAAACUGCAAAAGCUUUGUUUAAGAGGUCCAUUGGAUGUAGAGAGUUUAAAAGCGUCUCCUCUCUUCCAAGCUGGAGGUCAAAACUUGCAUGUAUUGGGUCUAAAUUGGUCGGGGUUGAUGGAAGACUCCCUGCCAUUCAUUUCUCGGUUGACAAAUUUGACGGAAUUGUUUUUUACCAAUGCAUACAACGGAGGGCAGCUGGUAUUUCGCGAUGGCUGGUUACCCAACCUGAAGACUCUUCAGUUACGAGACCUUCCUCAUCUGGAGCGGCUAGACAUAGAGCAAGGUGCUAUGGUGACUCUCGAAAAAUUACUCCUAGCCAACCUCAACAGCAUGAAGCACGUCCCAUCUGGUAUUCAGUUCCUUGUGACCCUCCAGCAUCUAUACUUUCUGGAAAUUAGAGCAGAAUUUUUAGAGUUACUGCGGCAAUUUCUUACAAAUGGCGAUAUCCACCCGUUUCGGUAUUCUCUGCAAGCUCGACUGAUGUUUUCUGAUCCACAAAAUGCGAUGUAAGUCAUUCACCU